AUGAUGACAAAUGUAAGGAAACAACUAUUAUUGAUGGUGCCUCUUUAUUCGAAGGAUUUGAUAAAUGUAUUAAAAAAAGUCUUUUUAAAUAUUUUUAUGUGGAACUGGCAAAAAGAAUUUGUUUGUCGGCAAGACAUGACAGGAGAAUUUUAUAGCAGACAUAUUGAUGAUAUUUUUAUGAUAUGGAGUAAAACUGAAAAAGACUUAAUUAAAUUCUUAGAUGAAGCAAACACAUGGCAUUCAAAUAUUAAAUUAGAUUAUAAAAUUGGUAAUUGUCUGCCAUUUCUUGAUGUACUUCUGAUUAAUAAUAAUGUAUUUAUUGAUAAACAAUUUCGAAAAUUUUCCAUCGAAUAUAUGUCAUCAACAUUAUCAUUUUUAUCAAUUAUUAAUGAUGAACAACAAUUUAAACGUAUACGUCAGAAUAUAUUACGACAACCUACACAUCAACAAUUACAAGUGGCCAUUAGUGCAGCUACAGUUGAUCUUGACAACGAUCAAACAGAUGAAGAAUCAAUCCAGAGAACAGACAUAUUAAACAAUACAGAGAAAAAUAACGCUGAGUUUGAAAUCAAAAUAAUUGUUCAUUAUACACAUGAAAAACGUUUCAAUUCGUUUAAACGAGACAUGCAUCAUAUAUACGAUGACAAAAUGAUUGUCGCAACCGAAAUCAUCGUGAUGCUCAAAAAGAACUUAUCCGCAAAAAACCUAAACAAUCACUAUUAA